UACGAACGUUUUUGCAUCGAGUUCAUAUUAAUUUACAUCAACAUUGCAAUAAAAAAACAUCUAAGAAAUUAUGAAAUAUUCUGUGAUACGUUAAAAGUGUGAUUUGCAGUGAUUUUAAAAAAAGGAAUCUUUAUUAGACAAUUUAUUAAACGAUGUAGAUUGUAGAUUAAAUAAUUGUGGACAUUUAAAUUAAUCUUUAAAAAGGUGAAAAAACACUUUAAAACCCACAAAAUGUUGACCACGAAGCGAGUUUAUGUAAUCAAGCAGAUAGUGGCUACUUCAGUAUCAGGAUUCCUAUCACUAUGCGCAGGUCUUGCGUUUGGAUUUAGUGCAGUCCUCUUGCCUCAACUAAAAGCAGAUGAAAAUUAUCCAUAUGAUGAGAACUAUGUCUCUUGGAUUGCGGCAAUGACUCCGCUCUCAAUGGUCCUUGGAUGUUUAUUUGCGGGUUCAAUGAUCGACAGAGUCGGAAGAAAAAUGGGGCACAUAAUUCUGGCUUUUGCCUUUGUCGUUAGUUGGACCGUACAAGGCUUCGCUAGCAACAAUCCCAUAAUGCUACUUGGAAGAUUUUUAACAGGACUCUGUUCUGGAGCGAUAAGACCAAUAACUCUGGUUUAUUUAGGAGAAAUUGCUGACCCAAAAUACAGAGGAUUAAUGUUAUUUAGUCCAUCAUUAACAUUAUCUCUAGGUGUUGUAAUAAAUCAUGCACUAGGAGGGUUCGUUUUCUGGAGAACAAAUGCUCUGAUAUGCAAUGCGCCUAGUGUUAUAUCAAUAGUUCUACUGUUAGUUUUAAAAGAAAGUCCUUUAUGGUUAAUAUCCAAAGGAAAAAUAGACGAAGGAGUAAACGUUUUUAAAUGGUUCAGAGGAGAUACUGAUGCGGCGGAAAAAGAAUUAAAUAAGAUAUUAGAAGCACAAAAUGAAAAGAAAGUGGAGCUAAGUAUGAAAGAUUAUUUUAAAAUGGACUUUAUGAAGCCAUUAUUAAUAACAUUCUUUCUGUCUGUCUCGAUGCAGUUUAGUGGUGCUAAUAUUAUAACGUUUUACGCUCAAGAUAUUUUAGGGCAAAUAAUACCGAACGACUAUGACCCAUUUAUUCUUAUGAUUGUAGCGGAUUGUAUAAGAUUUGUCGCUGCAAGUUCUAUAUUCUUCUUCGGAACACGUAUUCCGAGAAAAUUGGCCUUCUUUGUGUGCAAUUUUGGUGCUUGUACUUUACUGUACUGUUUAUUGUUGUUCUUAUAUUUAAAUCCAGCUAACGUGAGGUGGGUUUCCCUUGUUUUAUUGAUAGCUUAUAUGACAUUUAGCAGUGCAAUAGUUACAUUAUCCUGGUCGUUUGUAUCUGAAUUGUAUCCAUCUAAAUUCAGAGGCGUCGGAUCCGGAGCUAGUUCAGCCGUAUCAUACUUUUUAUUAUUCAUAUCGGUUAAAAUAACACCCGGCAUCGCUUCGACAUUGGGUGUUUUAGCCUUAUUUUGCAUAUUCGCUACGAUCACUGUUUUAAAUGGUAUUAUACUUGUUUUUAUCUUACCUGAGACUCAUGGACGAAGCUUACAAGAUAUUGAAGAUGGUUAUAAGAAAAAUAAUGUUGAAAUAUCGAAGUUAUAGUACAUUUAAGAAGCCUUUAAUGUGUACGCUGGUAAGACAAGAGUAAAUGCUUUAAUUGAUUUAAAUUACAAGCAUAGUAAUACAGGAAAUAAACCUAAAUAAUUUAUUAAUUACAUAACAAUCACGAUGAAAGAAGAAGCCUCAAAAAUCAAAAAACUAUAGAGACCAAAUCUCUAGACCUGACUCAAUUCCGACAUAUUUUUUCGGAAAUUGUGGUGGUGCGCUUUCAGUCCCACUAUGUAUCUUAUAUAAUAAAUCUUUGAAAAAGGGCGUCUUUCCUGACUGUAAAAUGGCUAAAAUUGUACCUAUACAUAAAAAAGGUGCCCUAUGUGAUGUUGAUAACUACAGGCCCACAUCUAUUCUGGCUUCUUGUUCAAAAAUAUUCGAAACAAUGGUGUGUACUAUACUAACAAAUUACCUUGAAACACUUUUAUCUGAUUGUCAACACGGCUUCAGAGCCGGAGACCAACUCAGACUAACCUGGUUACUUAAGCCACCGACUUGCCGACGCACUGGAUAAAAGAAGCGAAGUUGAUGCAAUAUACACUCAUCUUAGUAGUGCUUUCGAUAAAGUAAGUCAUUCUCAUCUAAUUGCACAGUUACAAGGUGUCGGUAUUCGUGGUUACCUACUUAGAUGGUUUACGUCUUAUUUACAACCGCUCUCAGUUUGUAGCAGUUGGUGGCUACACCUCCAAGAAAUACGUACCGCAUUCGGGGGUUCCCCAGGGCUCCCAUCUAGGUCCCAUCCUAUUGUUAUUCAUUAACGAUAUAACUUCACAUAUCAAACAUUGCAAAUUCUGUUAUUUGUGUUAUGUUAUUUGCGGAUUUAAAAAUCUGUACCAAAGUUACUAGUAAUAAUGAUCAGAGUCUACUUUAGGUUGACAUAAAAAGUGUAGAAGAGUGGUUCAAUGUUAAGAGCAUGUCUUUAAACAUAAAUAAAUGUUUUUAUGUGAAAUUUUCCAAAAAAUACUUAAGUUCAACUUUACCUACAGCUUGGACAAUAAGAUCGUUAGGGGUCACAUCAGCUGCAGCGAAUAAGUUAACCAAAUAUCGUACAGUGUACCAUCCAGACCUCCCAGACACCUAAUACCCAAAUUAUUUUUAUACAAAUAUAUAAAUCUAACUUAGGCCUGAAUUCACUCAUCCGUCGUCGGCAAUACAACGAAUUGCAGAGCGAAAAGCACAACGCAGAUAUGUUUUGCACCUUCAUAUGUAAUUUUAAAAAACACUGCUCCAUUCAGAGGCACAGACAUGGGUUCAAUUUUAACUAUUUUUUUCUCUUAUCUUGUUUGUUCCACAUUUACUGUAACCUAACCGUAAUGCUUUAUUUCUCUACAAAUGUUGUAUAUUUACAUAUAACUGGAUUUGUUAUCAUUUUUGUGUCUUAUAAUUAAUUUUUUAUGUGAUUGUCCUAACUUAUUGUGUACAUUACAAAUAAAUCAAUCAAUUAACAAUAUUUUUGUGUCAAAGUUAGAUAAGAUUGACGCUUAAAUUUCUAAAACUUCGUUUAUCGCAAUGAUAUGUUAUUACAAUUUAAUAUCUGUAAUCUUUGAGAUGUUACAUUACAUAUUAAUGUAAGAAAGUAAGAAUCUUUCCAGCCGGACCACUAAAGAGCAAUCAAUUAAAACCCGGAACAUUUCCUACACACUUUGAGGUCAACAUUUCCAUAACAAGAUAUUAGGACAAGUUAAUUGUAUUUGUAAUAUAUGUUAAA